CUAUUAACAUUCAUUUUAAUGCAAGAUGUUGUGAUGACGGUUUUGUCUUAUGAGCAUAGUCAAGGAAAAAUCUGAACUUGUAUCUCAAGGCACCAUGGUACUGAAUGCAAGAGCAUUUAAUAAUGAUGCUAAACUAUUUUGUCGUCUAUUAAAGUGCUGACUGCAGGAGUGAAAUGUGCAGUAGUGGGUUUGUUGCUAUGCGUUUAUGUGACUUCCCCUUAGUGUGUGCUCUUGUUUCAGUAGCGGGGGCGUGCAUCUCCUCUGUCUCAUCUAUUUUCACAUUUGUUCUCUCAACUCAGAGACAAGAACAGAAACCUUCACCCAACUUUUCUUGUUUUCUUCCAAGUCGCCUGCACGCCGACGACAACGAAAUGUUGAGGCGAAAGCCUUCCAACGCUUCAGAGAAGGAGCAGGUGCAGAAGAAAAAGCUCACUCUUCAGAGGUCAAGCAGCUUCAAGGACUUCAUGAAGCCCAAAGUGACCUCACCUGUCAUGCCGGACAAGGAGUUUGUCCUCGAUGAGACUGUUGAAGAGAGCGUCACGGAGGGAGGGAAAAGUGGCGGCAAACUGAGCAAGAAGUGGCGUUACGUCAUCUCCCGCACGAUAACCCGCAAGAACUCCAAGAUGGUGCAGAAGGUUCUAGCCGAGGAGGGGCCUCUUCAAGGGGAGAGCAGUGAGGAACUCAUGUCCCCUAAGUGGGGAGGCCAGAGGAUGUCAACGUCCUCCACAGGCUCAGAAGAGACGGUUUCCAGUCCUGUCACCUGUCCUUUUUCUGGCAAUAGUGACAGACAGAGUCUGGACAGCGGUUAUUGUCAGAGGGACAGCAUGAAACUGGAGGAGAAUGCUGUCUCCUUCGACGGACCCUUCUGUGGCCGCGCCGUGGUGCACACCGACUUCACCCCAAGUCCCUACGAUGUGGAGUCCCUGAAACUUCAAAAAGGAGACAUCAUCCACAUUAUCGAUAAGCCUCCCGUGGGCACAUGGACAGGAAAACUCCACCACAAGGUGGGCUCCUUUAAGUUCAUAUACAUCAAUCUCCUGCCCGACGAGAGCCCCCCUGUCAGGCGAAGACGUUGUGACAGCAAGACCAACAGAAACAAGUCCAAACCAUCCACCCUGGAGGAGGUGCUGGACUGCAUUGGGCUGAUGGAGUUGUCUUCCUUGCUGUCCAUGCAUGGAUUUCAGAACCUGGAAGACUUCACGGGUUUGAGGGAGUCUCAUCUCAAUGAACUGAACAUCACUGACCCGGAUCAACGCGCCAAGAUCCUGAGCGUUGCCGACCUGCUCCGAGACCCCGAGGAUGAAUCCAGUCCGCAAGAGGAGGAUGAGGAAGAGGAGGAGGUGGAGACAAGACCAAAGGAACCGAGGGAUUCAGGCUGUUUUGACAGCUCGGAGCAGCUGGAUGUGAAGCCUGAGGAGGCUCAACCGCAAAGGGAGCCUCAGGAUGACUGGUCAGAAACCAGCAAGGAGACGGAACAAAAGGUGAUCGAUGAUGUCCAACAAUACCUGCAAGAACUGAGUGUGCAAGAAGCAUAUUGAAGACUCCAAAUCGAAUCGUGUGAAUGUUUUCAUUGUGGUCCUAAAGUUUUUUUUUUUGGACAGUAGCAGUGGGGGGGCGUUGUGUUGUGACACAAACAUAAUCAUCGCACCGUCAAAAUCUGCUGCACUUUUGUAAAUCUGCUUGGAUUGUUUCCUAGAAAGUGUGG